ACGAUGUCGGAGAAGAAGGCCGCCGAGAAGGUCUCCGAGAUUGACCAGCACAUCAGCAAACAGUACGACAUCGUGCGACGUCUCGGCAAAGGGGCUUACGGUAUAGUAUGGAAGGCGAUCGAGAAGAAACGGCAGGACACGGUGGCGGUGAAGAAGAUCUUCGACGCGUUCCGGAAUCAGACGGACGCGCAGCGCACGUUUCGCGAGAUCAUGUUCCUGCUGUCGUUCGCCAAUCACGAGAACAUCAUCCGGCUGAUCGGGCUGCACAAGGCGAACAACGACCGGGACAUUUAUCUGGUCUUUGAGUACAUGGAAACCGACCUGCACAACGUCAUCAAGCGCGGCAACAUCCUCAAGGACAUCCACAAGGUCUUCAUCAUGUACCAACUUUUUAAAGCGAUCAAGUACAUACACUCGGGCAAUGUUAUUCACCGGGACCUCAAGCCGUCCAAUGUGCUCCUGAAUGCGCAAUGCCACUGCAAAAUCGCGGACUUCGGCCUGGCACGUUCGGUAACGCAGAUCGGCGAGGGUGACGGCGAGACUGGGAGCGAUCCGACCCUGACGGACUAUGUCGCCACUCGCUGGUACCGCGCGCCGGAGAUUCUCAUAGCUUCAAAGAGGUACACAAAGGGGAUAGAUAUGUGGUCCUUAGGCUGUAUUCUCGGCGAAAUGCUGCUCGGGAAGCCACUCUUCCCCGGUUCAUCGACGAUAAACCAAGUCGAGAGGAUAAUGGCGACUCUACCUGCGCCGACAGACGAAGAUCUAAUAUCGGUUAGCGCCGGCUACGGAACCAAUCUGCUGGAGAAGACGCCCAACGGACCGAGACGGGCGCUGAAGGAUUUGUUGCCGGAAGUGUCGGAGAAAGCCUUGGAUCUUAUCAGCAAUUUAAUAGUCUUCAACCCAACGCAGCGGCUCACCGCCGUCGAGGCGCUGCGGCACUCCUACGUCGCCGAAUUUCACCGGCGGGGAAACGAGCCGGAGAGAGGCUCCAGCGUUGUGCCGUUGCUGAGCGAUGACGUGCAACUCUCGGUCGACGAAUACAGAAAUAAGCUUUACGCGAUGAUGGACGAUAAGCAUCGCAAGCACAAAAACAUGUCAAGGUCCAGGCUGCGACGACUGUCCGAGAGCAUCAGGAAGGAGACCGCCGGCGGUAAGGGUAAUCUGGUGAUCGGCCAAGGUGACGCGACCGCCGUGUGCCCCUCAUUGUCAAAUAAGAAGACGAUCAAGCUGCCUCAGGGCGACGGUACCGUGCGCGUAACGAAAGCGCGAGUGAUUAACGCUUCGGCGGAGGCGCCGGCGCAAGAAAUCCUAACGAAACCCCAGAACGUGAAAAACGCAGCGACGCAGUACGCCUGCAAUUUGACGAACGGCAGUCUGGGGAGUUUGCCUCCCACAGCGGUGGUAAAAAGCUGUUACUACCUUAACCAGCAACAGCAACAGCAGCAGCAGCAGCAGCAGCAGCAGCAGCAGCAUCAACUUCAGAUGUCGAGGUCUCAACGGUCCAUACAAUCGGAUCAGAUGGCAAUGCACGGCGCCGGAGGCAGAUCGAACCAAUUAGCGGCACCGGCACCUCGCGUCAAGCUCCGAAAAGCUUGCCAGCAGCAACAGCAUUACCAUCAUCAUCAGCAGCAAUUUCUCGUUCAGCCGUCGCGGCCGUUCGUUUCGACGUCCGCGAAUUGCCGCGGCGACGAGCGGCCUAGGACGAUGCCGAGCAAGCCGGCCAAGGUCGGUGACGAGCCCAAGAGCCUCAAGCAGCGGUCAGCAAUGGCCGCGUCGGGCUCGACGUUGGCCAACAACGUCACACGACACUUCGUCAGGACCAUGAACGGCGGCUACCUCAGCAACCCGGAGUCGCCGUACGUCAGCCAACACCAGCAGGCUAUCCGCGAUUACCUGAACCAGACGAUGCCGUUGCCGGCGCAGCGGCACUCACGGCUGCGGGACCGAGCCGGCUGCCAAGUCACCGAUAGCAGAGGCAACCUCGACCGCACCUCGUGCCCCGUCACGGACGUCGUUGACACGAUCGGCGGUCGUCGUGCCGUACGCGGUCAAGGAGGCAGCGGGUUGCAGCAGAGGCGCAGCGUCGACGUCGGCUGCGUCGUCCAGCGGAAGUCGUCCACGUGCGACAAGUCGAGGUUCCUGGACAGCCGUAGCCAGAGGCACGGCGUCAUAGCCGCGUCGGUCUACAAGGAUCUCUGCAAUGGGACCAUAGGAUGGUGAGCGCGCGCGCGCGCGCGCAGCAAGGACGUUUCUCGGAGCGAAGAGCGAUGAUUUUCCAAUCGGGGAAUGAUAAUCGCCGUACCGUAGCCGCUUCGUGUUUGCGAACGACAUCCUGCGACUCGAGAGAGCUCCGCGCACGGGAUUUCUGUUUUCUCUUCUCCCUUUCGUCAACGAGCAGCGUCUCACCGGAUAGAUCGCCGGCUCUUUCUCUCUUUCUCUCUUUCAUUCUCUGUCGAAUCACGUCAAGACACGAGAGAAAGAUUACCGUAACAUUUUUCCGCGCUCUCAUCACGACGAGAAAUCUUUCAGUGUGUGAUCGGAAUGUAUGUGUGUGUGUGUGUGUGUGUGUGUGUGUGUGUGCGCGCGCCUUCGGCGGAUGAAUUUUGAUAGUAAAUAUUUGCUCUCCACGAUCUCUGCGUCGCGACAUGAGGGGUAAUUUUUGUAGCGAAAGUUCGGACGGCAGCUCGACGAGAACGCGGAAUCGGAGAAAUCAUCGUCAGAUAAGAAGCAUCCCUAGUGCUCGAUCCCCUUCGGAGCUCGCCCUCCCGGAAGCAAGCCGUUUAUCUUCGUGCGCGCUAACGGCACAUGGUUCCUAAGUAAAUGAGCAAAUUUUGCACGGUACGAGUAAUUAACUCUAUCAAUAGUGUCGCACGCUCGACACUUUCCACUCGCGCUUCUCACGGGGAUAAUUGACGAUCUUCGCGGCUCCGGCCGGUGAGCGAUCGAAAUUUGCUGCUAUAAAUACGACCUCUCCCUUUCUCUCUUCCCCUCACUCUUCGUUUCCGAGACCACGACUACCUCAAUUUUUUAUACAACAUAAAGUAUCGACACACGAACUCGGCGAGAGACGAACGUUCGGACACAGAUAAUCUCGCGCCCUCUCCCUCUCCUUCUCUCUCUCUCUCUCUCUCUCUCUCUUUCUCUCUCUCUCUCUUCACUCUUUCUCUGUAUCUAUCUCGCCGCCGUAAGUCCCGGACGACGGAAACGCGAAAGUAACCGGGACCUUCUUCACCGCGCAAACGGACGGCAUCCAUUUCCGAUGAGCGCGCGGAAAAUACGAGAGACGGAAGAUAUACGGAAAUCGCGCGGAGCCUCCCGGCGGAGAUCGGCCCGUGGGAAUCCGGAGAAUACGUAGGAGCUUAGGACGUAAGGCAAACUUAGAGCUGCACCGAUGAUGUACCUCGAUAUCGACACGUGGCGGUGCCACGGUUGGCCGCGCGACACACACAUUUUUCUACGACAUUUUAUUCAUAUCGUAAACCGCAAAAACGCCAGACGCGUAGGCGAACGCGACGUGCGCACGUGUAUUGUUUACACAAACUGAUGUGUAUCCGGCUGUCGCCUCGAUGUACAAAUCUUCAUUGUAUCGUAUACAUCAUUGUCGUGAUGUCUCUUUUGUGUGCGGCGACGCUGCAACGCGGCGCGCUCGACUCGUGCUGUGUACCACACGCGGCGUGUACGAAUAAAGUUUUUCUUUCUUUGAUAACGCUAA